AUGGCCACAUUAUCACGUAAUUUACGUUUAUCAUUAGAUACACCAACCUCAACUUUUGUUAGAACCAAAAUUGUUUGUACAAUUGGUCCAAAAACAAUGAGUGAAGAAGCUUUAAUUAAAUUAAUCGAAACUGGUAUGAACGUUUGUAGACUCAACUUUUCACAUGGUACUCAUGAUUAUCAUGGUCAAGUUAUUAAAAAUGUUAGAUCAGCAAUGGAGAAAACAGGUAAAAUUAUUGCUAUUAUGUUAGAUACUAAAGGUCCAGAAAUUAGAACUGGUAAAAUUGAAGAUCGUUGUGGUUAUGUUGAUUUAUUCGUUGGCCAAGAAAUCCUCGUUGAUACCAAUAUGAAUCAACCAGGUACUUCAUUUAGAAUUUCAAUCGAUUAUAAAGGUUUAUUAGAUUCAGUUAAAGUUGGUGGUUACAUUUUAAUUGCUGAUGGUGUAAUUUCAUUAUCUAUUACUGCAGUUGAAAAAGAAAAAGGUCAUGUUGUUUGUAGAGUUAAUAAUAAUUCACGUCUUGGUGAAAAUAAAAAUGUACAUUUACCAGGUGCUAUUGUUAAUUUACCAGCAGUUUCAGAAAAGGAUAUUCUUGAUAUUAAAUUUGGUGUUGAACAAAAUGUUGAUUUCAUUGCAGCUUCAUUCAUUAGAAAAGCAGAUGAUGUUAAUGAGAUUAGAGAAAUUUUAGGUGAAAAAGGUAAAGAUAUUCAAAUCAUUUCAAAGAUUGAAAACGUAGAGGGUGUUGAUAACUUUAAUGAAAUUUUAGAGGUUUCCGAUGGUAUUAUGGUUGCUCGUGGUGAUUUAGGUGUUGAAGUUCAAAUGGAGAAGAUUUUCGUCGCUCAAAAGAUGAUCGUUAGUAAAUGUAAUGCCGCCGGUAAACCAGUAAUUACCGCCACUCAAAUGUUGGAAUCAAUGAUCAAGAAUCCAAGACCAACCCGUGCUGAAGCUACCGAUGUUGCCAAUGCCGUUUUAGAUGGUUCCGAUUGUGUUAUGCUUUCAGGUGAAACCGCAAGCGGUGAUUACCCAUACGAAGCCGUAGACAUUAUGGCAAAGAUCUGUAGAGAAGCAGAGUUGGUAGAAUCUUCAACUGAUUAUCAAACUUUAUUCGCUGCCCUUAAAUUAUCAUCAGCCAAACCAGUCAGCAUUGCUGAAACCGUUGCUUCUUACGCCGUCGCAACCGCUAUCGAUUUGAAGGCUGAUCUCAUCAUCACACUCACUGAAACCGGUCUCACUGCUCGUCUCGUCAGUAAAUAUCGUCCAUCCAUUCCAAUCAUUGCCGUCACUUCAUGGUCAUACACUGUUAAACAUUUACUCGCCACUAGAGGUGCCAUUCCAUUCUUGGUAGAAUCAUUGGUCGGCACUGAUAAACUCGUUGAAUCUUGUCUCGAAUAUGCUAUGAAACAUAACUUAUGUAAAAAAGGUUCAAGAGUUGUCAUUGUUUCUGGUGUUAUGGAAGGUGUACCAGGUAAAACCAACAGUUUAAGAGUUCUUACCGUUGGUGAAUCAAUCAAAGAUUUAAAGGUAUAA